GUGUUAUAACGGUGUUGGUCCCAGGCUAUGAGAGACACAAAGUGAGUGAGGUAAUAUCUUUACUGGACCAACUUCUGUUGGUGGAAGAAACAAUCUUUCAAGCUUCACAGAGCUUUUCUUCAGGUCUGGAAAAGCACGAAUGACGAAUAUAAUCCAUCUGAAGCAUAAAAGUACUUGAUUCUGGAAAAGCACAUAAAAGCACCUUUAACAUUGAAAUCAGGAAGAAGUAUGAAAGACCAGUCUAUCUGAUUCUGAAUUUCUGGGCCACAGCUUCUUGCAGAGAACAAAAAAUGACUCUUUCUAAAAACAUUGCUGCAAGUAUCCUGGAAGAAUGGUGUUUGGAGGAACCACUAUUUGGGUGUAGGAGGCAUCAGAAUGUCAGGAAAAAAUGGAGACUGAUACGAAUAAUUGGUCUUUUCAUGAGCAUAAUGGCCAUUAGCACUUUCUCUCUUUCAAUUAGUGCCUUUUUCAAGAUGGAGCCACAUAGCACAGAGAUAACUAGUAGUCUAGAUAGCCAAAAGCCAAUGCAUGGGCAUCAAAGAACUCUGUUGGAUUUCAAGGAACAGAAUCAAAAUGACACUCCAGAGUCACCUAUUUCUAUGAAAUAUGAAACUGAACAGAAUAAUGCAACAGAACACUCCAAGGGAGAGUAUCCACAAGAUCUUUUUUCUCUUGCAGAAAGAAGAAGGGGGGCAGUAAUCCUGCAUAUAUUGGGAAUGAUUUACAUGUUCAUAGCCUUAGCCAUAGUCUGUGAUGAGUUCUUUGUUCCUUCAUUGACUGUCAUCACUGAAAAGCUAGCCAUAUCUGAUGACGUGGCUGGGGCAACAUUCAUGGCUGCUGGUGGUUCAGCUCCAGAACUCUUCACAUCUUUGAUAGGAGUCUUUAUAUCACACAGUAAUGUUGGCAUUGGAACAAUAGUAGGAUCUGCAGUAUUCAAUAUCCUGUUUGUUAUUGGAAUGUGUGCUUUAUUUUCUAGAGAGAUCUUGAACCUUACCUGGUGGCCACUCUUUAGGGAUGUGUCAUUUUAUAUCGUAGGCUUGAUCUUGCUAAUAAUCUUUUUUUUGGAUAAUUUAAUCAUGUGGUGGGAAAGCUUAACCCUGCUGACCGCUUAUUUUUGUUAUGUGACUUUCAUGAAAUUCAAUGUUCAAGUAGAAGAAUGUGUGAAAAAAAUUUUUAAUAGGAACAAAGUUGAGAAAGUAACAACUACAGAUUCUGAACAAAAGCCACCUAACGCUGAGGAUCAUGAUGACCAAACGCUGACGACCAAGCCACGUCUCCAACGAGGUGGGAGCUCUGCAUCUCUCCACAACAGUUUAAUGAGGAACAGCAUCUUUCAACUUAUGAUUCACACACUUGACCCACUUGCUGAAGAGCUUGGAUCAUAUGGAAAACUAAAAUAUUAUGACACAAUGACUGAAGAAGGAAAGUUUAAAGAGAGAGCCUCAAUUCUUCAUAAGAUUGCCAAAAAGAAGUGCCAGGUGGAAGACAGUGAAAGACGGAAUGGGGCUGCUAAUCAUGCUGAAAAAAUUGAACUCCCAAAUGCAGCAAAAGUGGAAGUUGAAGUAACACCACCAAAUGAUGGCUCAGGACCAGUGCAAAAUGGAAACAUUGCCCAUGGAAUUGAAGAGAAUUCAGAAGAUGAUGAUCAAGAGCAGCCACUCAGCCUGGCCUGGCCUGACACCCUACGCAAAAAGCUCACGUACCUUGCUGUUUUCCCUAUUGUUUUUCCAUUGUGGAUUACCCUGCCAGAUGUUAGAAAGCCUUCUUCCAGGAAAUUUUUUCCUAUCACAUUCUUCGGAUCGAUCACUUGGAUAGCAGUUUUUUCAUAUUUAAUGGUCUGGUGGGCCCAUCAGGUUGGUGAGACUAUUGGCAUUAGUGAAGAAAUCAUGGGAUUGACAAUCCUAGCUGCGGGCACUUCUAUCCCUGACUUAAUUACCAGUGUUAUUGUGGCACGAAAAGGCCUAGGUGAUAUGGCUGUAUCCAGCUCUGUUGGAAGCAACAUCUUUGACAUCACAGUGGGUCUUCCUCUUCCAUGGCUCCUGUACGCUGUAAUUAACAGCUUCUCCCCGGUAACUGUCAGCAGCAAUGGAUUGUUCUGUGCUAUCGUCCUCCUCUUCAUCAUGCUACUCUUUGUCAUCCUCUCCAUUGCUUUAUGCAAGUGGAAGAUGAAUAAAUUCUUGGGCUUCACAAUGUUUGGUCUCUAUUUCAUAUUCCUGGUCGUCAGCGUGCUUUUGGAGGACAAAGUGAUCUUGUGUCCUAUCUCUAUCUAGUACGAAGCGCUGUUUCUUGAACAAAACAAAUAACUGCAAUGGACAGUGUCCCCUGUGAAUAAGCAGAGAGACCAUAACCCUUUUUAUUACAACAAAUAAAUAAAGAGGAUGAAAAGAGCUGGAUUUGAAGUGGAAAAUUGUGCUGCUGAACAAAACUGUUAAUUGUAAAAGGUGAGAUCAGCUACUCUGAAGCUUCUCUGCAUGUCACUUGGAAGAUCUUGCUGCUCACUGGCAGAGGUCCUCUUUGUGUGCUAUAACAAAACAAGUUAUUAUAUGUACUACACGUAUACUAUGUUGUAUCUCUCCUUCUCUAUAUUACUAUAUGUCUAUUCAUGGGCACAAAGAGUAAUAUAUUCGUACAGGUAUUACUAGUUGAAUGUCAGUGAAAGAUGUUAGCCAACUCGUGACUGCAUGAGUAACCGACAGAAACAGACUCACACAUCUCUUCAUUCAGGUGGACUUGUGCUGUGAGCGUGGACACAUUUUGGAUAUCCACAUUGUAGAAGUCCUUGGCAAAUUACAGAUGAUGUUUCAAUAGAAUACUGCUAAACUGUGCAGCAUCCAGAAACCUUGGCUCUAGCACUGUUGGUGCACUGUAGGCUGACAAUUUUUACUUGAUAUAGACACUCGUGAUAGUCAAAGGUGAAACCCAGACUGGGGAUUUGUGGCCUCUUCUGGCAUUAUCUCAGCAUGCAAGCAGAAAAUUCGACUACUACGUGAAUUCACUACUUUCUAUAGUGCAGCAAUACUAUAAAUAGUACCAAUGUAUUUCUGAUGCUAUUACCACUAUAGGUUUGCCUUUUCAUAUCAGAAAGAAGGCUGGAUUUGCUUAUGUGUAGUAUUUCAUAUAAAAUUUAGAUGCAGCUGCAUGAUGGAAAGCUGAAGCAAAAAUCCUUGUAUAGACUAUUUCCCACCACUAAUUAUCAAGAAUAAAUCCUUCAGUGUUACUUACUUUCUCAUUAGCUUUGUGGCAGAUCCUCAAUUGAUGUGAAUUGUCACAGUUCCCUAAUGAAGCUAUGACAAUUUAUUCCAGUUGAAUGUCUGCCCCUGUAAGUCUCAGAAUUUAGCAAGGGGCUCUAACAAUUGUAAUAUGGUCAGGUGAGGCAGAGUUUUCUGAAGUGUUAACGUGUUAAUUAUGGUGGUCUGAGGGGGCCCAUGGAAGAAGAUCCCAUUCUAGUUCAUAUUAAAAAAAUGAGAACAG